CUCUUUUUUAACUCCACAAUAAAACACAAAGACGAUUCGCAGACGCCCCACUCCCACACUUCCAACUUCAAGUAGCAUUCCGCGCCUCUGUCUGUCUCUGCUGUGUGAUUUAUCCUAAAAACUAGCCGCCAUGGUUUCCCACAAGGAGUUUCAAAACGCAGGGAAAGGCCCGGGGCUGCAGGUGUGGCGUAUUGAGAACCUGGACCUCAAGCCUGUUCCCAAAGCCCUGCAUGGCAGCUUCUACACCGGGGAUGCCUACCUGCUGCUCUUCACCACCCCAGCACCAUCCUACAACAUUCACAUGUGGCUGGGCAACGAAUGCUCGCAGGAUGAGAGUGGAGCGGCGGCGAUCUUUGCUACACAGCUGGACGAUUUCCUGGGUGGUGGGCCAGUCCAGUUCAGGGAGGUGCAGGACUACGAAUCCAACAUCUUCCUGGGAUACUUUAAGUCAGGCAUCAAGUACCAGAAAGGAGGUGUGGCGUCAGGUUUCAAGCACGUGGUGACCAACGACAUGAGCUUAAAGCGCCUGCUUCACGUAAAGGGUCGUAGGGCCAUCAGAGCAACAGAGGUGGACAUGUCCUGGUCCAGCUUCAACCAGGGAGACUGCUUCAUCAUUGACCUAGGAAAGAACGUGUAUCAGUGGUGUGGCAGUGAGUGUAACCGUUUUGAGCGGCUCAAGGCCUCCCAGGUGGCCAUUGACAUCAGAGAUAAUGAGAGAAAUGGCCGAGCCAAGGUGCAAAUGGUCGAGGAGGGGGGUGAGCCUUCUGAAAUCUUAGAGGUUCUUGGACCCAAACCCACCAUUGCUCCCAGCACUCCGGAUGAUGACAUGGUGGACUCCUCCAACAGGAAGAAGGGUGCCCUCUACAUGAUCUCAGAUGCUUCUGGUUCCAUGAAGGUGACAGUUGUGGCUCAGUCCAGUCCUUUCAAACAGGCGAUGUUGUCCCCUGAAGAGUGCUACAUCCUGGACAAUGGGGUGGACAAGAACAUCUUUGUUUGGAAAGGUCCGAAGGCCAAUGCUUCCGAGCGUAAAACAGCCAUGUCUGCUGGGCAGCAGUUCAUCAAAGACAAGGGAUACAAUGACAAGACACAGAUCCAGGUCCUUCCUGCAGGAGCCGAAACCACCUUGUUCAAGCAGUUCUUUAGUGACUGGAAGGACAAGGAUGAGACAACAGGACCCAGCAAGGCCUACACCAUUGGCCGCAUUGCCAAAGUGGAGCAAGUGCCCUUUGAUGCCUCCUCUCUGCACACAAACACAACCAUGGCUGCCCAGCAUGGCAUGGUGGAUGAUGGCAAAGGCCAGGUCCAGAUCUGGCGUGUCGAGGGUGGGGAUAAGGUACUCGUGGAUCCUUCAACCCAUGGUCACUUCUACGGUGGAGACUGUUACCUCAUCCUCUACAGCUACAAACAGGGAAGCAGGGAGCAACACAUCAUCUACACCUGGCAGGGGCUGAAGUGCACACAAGAUGAAUUGGCAGCUUCAGCAUUCCUCACAGUGAAGCUGGAUGACUCAAUGGGAGGAUCCCCAGUUCAGGUGAGGGUGUCUCAGGGUCAGGAGCCUCCUCACCUGAUGAGCAUCUUCCAGGGCAAACCUAUGAUCAUCCACAGUGGAGGAACUUCUCGUAAAGGUGGGCAGUCAGAGCCAGGCAGCACCCGUCUCUUCCACAUCCGCCAGAGCUCUUCCGGCGCCACCCGUGCCGUGGAGGUCAAGGCCUUGGCUUCCAAUCUGAACACCAAUGACGUGUUUGUGCUGAAAUCCCCGAAAGGCCUGUUUGUGUGGCGAGGAGUGGGAGCCAGUGAGGAGGAAAUGAAGGCAGCAAAGCAUGUUGUGGACUUUUUGGGUGGCAGUCCAAACAAUGUGUCAGAGGGCAAGGAGCCAGCUGAUUUCUGGUCUACACUGGGUGGCAAAAAGGAGUACCAGACCUCAAAGAGCCUGCAGAGCACAGAUAGACCCCCUCGUCUGUUCGGUUGCUCCAACAAAACCGGAAGACUUAUUGUGGAAGAGGUACCAGGAGACUUCACGCAGUCAGACCUGGCCACUGAUGACGUCAUGAUCCUGGACGCCUGGGAUCAGCUCUUCCUUUGGGUUGGUAACGAGGCUAAUGCAGAGGAAAAGAAUGGAGCUCCCAAAAUAGCCAAAGACUACGUGGACUCAGAUCCGUCUGGUCGCAAAGGACUGCCCAUCACCACCAUCAAGCAGGGGGCAGAGCCUCCUACUUUCACUGGCUGGUUCCAGGCUUGGGAUCCUAAGAUGUGGGAGAAGGAUCCCCUGGACAGAAUCCGUGCCAGUUUCUGAACACAAAACUCCAGCCUUAUCCUUUGCACUGUGGCUCUAUACCUAUCAGCUCUUCAUGUUGCAGUAUAAUUCCUGCUUUAUGCAAAUACCUAAGUGCCAGUAGCAAUGUUAAUACAGUUAUCAGGUAGAAUGAUACUGCUAUGGUUCAUUCAUCUUUCAAUCAGACCUUGUUGCCUUUGUAUAGACAGGAAUGAUAAUACCUACCAAGAAUCUCAGGUAAAAAAGAACGAAAAAACUGCAAGUUUGCUCUGUUUCUGUCUGCUACCCCUGCAAACUUCAGUUGAUCAACUACUACAGCAAAGGUCAACUCCAUUACUUCUUAUAUCUGUUUGUGUCAUGUUUAGUACAAGAAGGCUGUAAAAAACAUAUUCCAGAAGUUCCUGCACGUUCGUGUCAAAUUUCCUGCUUGUGAAUUUAGGACAUACCAUUUGUAAAGGCUACUUGUGUUAAUUCCAUUUUAAGCAACACUGAAACAUUUUUGUGAAUGGCUUUUAAAUAAAACGUUGCCAUGUCUUGGUA